CUGGCAAAGUGUGAAGUUCCUCCUCUUUUACUGAAAUGCCUACCAGACUUCAUCACAACAGAAAGAAGCGUGGACACGUCUCAGCCGGUCACGGUCGUGUCGGUAAGCACAGAAAGCAUCCUGGUGGUCGUGGUCUUGCUGGUGGUCAACAUCAUCAUCGUAUCAACAUGGAUAAGUACCAUCCUGGUUACUUCGGUAAGGUCGGUAUGCGUCAAUUCCAUUUGAAGAACAACGUCAACUGGCGUCCUAUUGUCAAUCUCGACAAGAUCUGGACUCUUGCCGGUGAGGGUGUUCGUGAACAAUACAAGAACACUGAGAAGGUUCCCAUUAUCGAUACUCUCCAAAAGGGUUACGGUAAGGUCUUGGCCAAGGGUACCAUCUCUCAACCCGUCAUUGUCCGUGCUCGUUUCGUCUCUGCUCUCGCUGAGAAGAAGAUCAAGGCUGCCGGUGGUGUUGUUGAGCUCAUUGCUUAAAUAUACUCUAUUUAAUAUAAUGAAUAAUCCCCAAAUAAACUUGUUUUAAUAAUACAAUUACCUAUAAAUUGAAUAUUUCUUGAGCUAUAUGUUUCAUUCUUU